AUGGCGGAGAACUCUGACAAAGUUCCCAUCGCCCUGGUAGGGCCAGACGACGUCGAGUUCUGCAGUCCUCCGGCGUACGCCGCAGUAACCGUGAAGCCCUCCAGCCCCGCACGGCUGCUCAAGGCCGGAGCUGUGGUCCUCAUUUCGGGGGCGGUGCUGCUGCUCUUCGGGGCCAUCGGGGCCUUCUACUUCUGGAAGGGGAGUGACAAUCACAUUUACAACGUCCAUUACACCAUGAGUAUCAAUGGGAAAUUGCAAGAUGGGUCCAUGGAAAUAGACCCUGGGAACAACUUGGAGACCUUUAAGAUGGGAAGUGGAGCUGAAGAGGCCAUUGAAGUCAAUGAUUUCCAGAAUGGGAUCACCGCAAUCCGUUUCGCUGGAGGAGAGAAGUGCUACAUCAAGGCGCAGCUGAAGGCUCGCGUCCCUGAGGUGGGCGCCAGGGCCAAGCAGAGCAUCGUCUCGGAACUGGAAGGCAAGAUCAUGCCAGUCAAGUAUGAAGAAAAUUCUCUCAUCUGGGUGGCUACAGACCAGCCUGUGAAGGACAGCAGCUUCUUGAGUUCCAAAGUCACAGAACUCUGUGGUGACCUUCCUAUUUUCUGGCUGAAACCAACAUAUCCAAAAGAAAUCCAGAGGGAAAGAAGAGAACUGGUAACACAAAUUGUUACAACUACCACAAGAAGACCACACAGUGGACCACGAGGCAACCCAGGCCCCGGAAGACCAAAUAACAAAACCAGACCCAGUGUUCAGGAGGACUCAGACCCCUUCAAUCCAGACAACCCUUACCACCAGCAGGAAGGGGAAGGCAUGACAUUCGACCCUAGACUGGACCACGAAGGAGUCUGCUGUAUAGAAUGCAGGCGGAGCUACACCCAUUGCCAGAAGAUCUGUGAGCCCCUGGGGGGCUUCUAUCCGUGGCCCUAUAAUUAUCAAGGCUGCCGUUCAGCCUGCAGAGUUAUCAUGCCAUGUAGCUGGUGGGUGGCCCGCAUCUUGGGUAUGGUGUGA